AUGGUUAGUUAUAAUACUAAAAGACUUUUUUUAGCUUUGGCAUUGGUAGCGGCUGUCACAGCUGAUGUGUCGCACAUUUUCUCGCACAGUGAUAACCUGCAGGAUGAUGGAUAUCAUUAUCAUAAGCCAAGUGGUGGAGCAGUAGUAGAUAUCCCGGGAUCGCAAAAACAAGCAGCCUCGGAUUCAUAUCCAUCAUACGCAGCCUCUUCACAACAAAACGCUGCAAACUAUCCAAGUGGUUCAUUCUAUGGCUCUGCGUCAGCCCCUUCUGCCUCUUUUUCGGCAGGCACAUAUGGUGGUUCCUCUUACCAGGCAGCUUCAUCUCCAGUCGCUUCUUACUCAGCCUCAGCCCCUGCUGUUUCUUACUCACAUCAUUCGUCUCAUCAAGCAGCCUCAGCACCUGUUGCAUCUUAUUCAGGGGUUUCAUCAUAUCAAGCUGCUUCAGCACCUGUUGCUUCUUACAGCCAUGGCUCAUCUCACGUAGCUGCUUCAUCUCCAGCAGUUUCUAACUCACACCGUGCAUCUGCUUCAUAUUCAGAGGGAUCUUCCUAUCAAGCUGCUUCAGCUCCUGGAGCGUCUUAUACACACAGCUCAACACCCCAAGCUGCCUCAAUUGGUUCAUCUUAUCAUGCAGCCUCGGUCCCAGCUGCAUCUUAUACACAUGAUUCCACUCAUACAGCUGCUGCCUCAGCUCCCGCUGCAUCUUACUCAGGCUCUGGUUCAGCUGGUUCGUCUUUUGGUAGUGCCGGUUAUUUCGGAGGGUCGUCUUACUAUGGCACACCAGCUGCAUCUGCUCCAGCUCCGGUUCGUAGUGCUUCAGCAUCUGGCAUCCAGGCAGCCGGCGCCAAAGACGAAAGUGGCUACCAUUAUCAGGCUCCAAAGACCCCAUUUGAAAGUAGACCCGUACCAGUAAAAGAAUACUUGCCACCUCCAGCACCUAAACAGCCAACAGCGCCUCCGCCACCGGCUCCCAAACGACCACCUCCACCACCGGCUCCCAAACGACCACCUCCACCACCGGCUCCCAAAAGACCACCUCCACCACCGCCACCACCAUCUCCACCCAAGGAAUACCUGCCACCAGCACCAACGAAUAAACCUGCUCCUCCGGCGCGUCCUUCCCCUCCACCACCUCCGCCACCACCACCAUCCCCACCCAAAGAAUACCUCCCCCCAGCACCGACAAAUAAACCAGCGCCACCAGUCCGGCCAACAGCACCACCAACGCCCAAACGGCCACCACCACCACCACCAACUCCCAAGCGUCCACCACCAUCACCUCCAAAAGAAUAUCUUCCACCAUCUUCUGGACCAAAAGGCUACUCCUACCCUAACGACCCCCAACCUCCCUUCACGGCCUAA